CAAGAAAUUGGUAGAUGACUGAAUGGAUGGUUGUGAGGGGACUGGAUUGGUAAUACCCAUGUGCACAGCAGGCAAAUAAAAACCAAAAUGAGAGUGCGUCGGCGUCCCCAUACAGUUAAAAUUUAGCACCUUGGCUGUGACACAGUAACCACUUGCUGUCUCUGCCAGACAAACAGUGAACAAACAAGUAGGAGGCUGAUUCAAAGGGUCAUACAACACAGAAGUUACAGCUGGAUACAAUGACUCAAGCAAUAUCUCUCCUGGUCAGAAGCCCGAGGUUUAUCAUCGCCACUCUGAUUCUUGGCACUGGUGGAUCAUUCCAGUAUGGAUUUCACAUAUCUGUGCUCAACUCGCCAUCGCCAUUCAUUAAGGAGCUGGUCAACAGAACCUGCACUGAACGCUACAACCUCUCCCUGGAGCCCUGGGUUUUGAGCCUCAUCUGGUCUUUCAUUGUCUCCAUCUACUGCAUCGGGGGAAUCCUAGGAUCUUUGUUCGCUGGACGGUUGGCUCAUGUUUAUGGAAGAAAGAAGUCCCUGCUGUUCAACAACAUAUUAGCCAUAGCCGGGGCCACCAUGAUGCUCCUGAGCAUGGUCGCAGAUUCCUUCGAGAUGAUCAUGAUCGGGCGACUCCUCUAUGGUGUCAAUUCAGGAUUUGCCCUGGUAGUUCAUACGCUGUAUGUGGUGGAGUGCGCCCCAAGGACGAUGCGCGGCAUAGCGGGUGUGUCUGUCGCUACUUUCGUCGCCUUGGGGAAGUUCGCUGGACAACUGCUGGGACUCAGGGAGCUGCUGGGCUCAGAGGACUGGUGGCCCUGGCUGUUGGCCUUCUCUGGCUUCAUGGGCAUCUUGCAGCUGCUCACCCUGCCAUUCCUCCCAGAGUCUCCACAUUUCCUGCUGCUGGACCGGGGGGACCGGCCCGGCUGUGAGAAGGCCAUGCAGCAGCUGUGGGGUAAGGGAGACCACACCUCAGAGAUCGAGGAAAUGCUGCUACAGAGGGCGGCUCUGCAGGGGGUGCAGUACCGGACUGUGUGGGAGCUGAUAUGUGACCGGACUGUACGCUGGCAGCUGCUGACUGUCAUGGUCACUUGCAGUGUCCUCCAGUUCUGCGGGAUCAAUGCAGUCUACAUGUACGCCUUGGACGUCUUCCGCACGGCAGGGAUUCCCUCUCACCAGCUGCAGUACGCCACCCUGGGAACAGGCCUCUGUGAGAUUACCGUCUCUCUGACUUGCGCAAUGAUAAUUGAGAGCACAGGCAAGAGGGUUCUGCUGAUCCGAGGUAACCUGAUGAUGGUUGCUGUUCUGGGACUGCUCACUAUCACCCUCAACCUACAGAAACAGGUGUUUUGGAUGCCUUACUGCAGCAUGAUCCUCAUCUUCAUCUACAUCUUCUUCUUCGGCAGUGGACCGGCUGGUGUGACGAUUGCACUUGCUGCGGACAUCUUCAACCAGGCCUACAAGCCUGCAGCUUACACUGUCGGCAGCUUUCUCAACUGGAUCUCCCUCUUCCUCAUCGGAAUAUUGUUCCCUGUACUUGUACAACACCUGGGUGAAUUCUGCUUCAUCAUAUUUCUGGCCUGCUGUCUCUUCUGUGCAGCGUUUAUAUGGAGACAUCUCCCAGAGAUAAAGAACCGGACGAUCCUGGAAAUCACAGAGGACUUCCGGAGAAUGCACGCUCCAAAACGAGGUGUGGGCGAAUGGUGCAUGUCUGAGGUCAAAACCCAAGCCAUGAAAUCGACAAAACUCUAGAAGUGUUUUUGGAUAUUUUCAGCAUUUCAAAAGCAAGUGUGCACUGCUGUCAUCCAUCGAACCAUGAGUUUUAUGAUUUGAAAAAAAAAAAAAUAAUUACACCAAACCUCCAACCUUUAGAAAACAUUAAUAAUUGAGUCCCUUUUCUGUAGCUCAACACCAUUAAAUGGUAUGAAUAACAAACUAGUGGAAUUGAGUUAAGGCGAAGUAGGGCUGGAGCUGGGGUGGUCGGGGAUGAGCAACCGGACAGGGAAUUGAGAGUCAGAGUCAGGGUCACGUAGCCAGGAGGGUCGGAGCAGGGGUGGUCAGUCCGAGGAUGAAGACUUCACACACGGAGCAGGAGCAGAGAGAGAGUCGAGGACAGGAGUGGAAGGCACGGGAACAGGGCUGGGCAGAUCAGUGACCUGUUCUACGAAGCGGGGUUACUGGCUUAUCGGGGUAACUUGUUGGAUUUAAGGUAGUCUGGGCACAAUGUAAGUGAACGAAUAUGAUGUCCAUUUAAACUGUAGUACCUUAAAUCCGACACGUUACCCCGAUAAGCCAGUAACCCCGUUUCGUAGUACAGGCCACAGAGCUAGCCAAAAGACAAAGGUCAGCUCGCUCAGUAAGUAUCAUGUGAACACUCUACAAUACCUGGCAUUACAUUUCUCCUGCAUUAUUAACAUGACAUUAAUAUAAUCCUAUUAUAGAUAUUACUUUAGUGUUAUUACAAUGUUGUGAAUAUACAAAACUAUGCAAAAGUCUUAGUCAAAGAAAAUGAUCUGUAAAUGAUCUCCACAUCGGUAUAAAACUGAUAUAUCUGUUAGUGUGUCAGCUUUGCCAUUUCAGAACCUCUUCUAAUGUCAACCCAGAAUUUGCAGUCCAAUACACCCAUAUAUUUUUUGACUGAACCACGACCCUACCUUGUUUGGCUAAUCAAUAUGUCAUUUAUUAACUAAUUUCAUUGAUUAAUUAAUUAAUUGAGCUGAUGGACCCCUGAGGAGAGGUUUGGGAGCCAAAGCGGAAUUCAUCUAGCUAACUUUUUGGAGAACAGAAGGAAUUCUUAUUUAUUUUUUAUAGUGUUACUGAUAAUUUGAAUAUGUUCUUAUGUUCAAUAGUAAUUUUUCCUGAACAAAUAUACAGGUAAUCCCCAGAUGAACAGCCUUAAACAUCCGACUGCCUGAGGUUUUUACAAACUAUUGUAAAAACCGUAUUGACUCCAUGAAACGUUUUAAAGAUAAAAGCACACUGCAUGCAUGCAUACUGUAGGACCAGCACGAUAACUCCUGUUGUCUCAUGCUGCCCUGUCCUCCCCCCUUAUGUAAUAAGACAAUUUAUCUAUCAGCAUCUCUCCCCACCCCACAUGUCACACACGCCCAGCAGUUGUUCUGCUGAAAGUCUGCCCAGUUCAGGGCUAUAGAUCAUAGAUCUUUUCCAGGCAGAGGUGCAAGCCCAUAAUAUUGGACCUUAAUGCUGCAACAACCUGGCUAUUUUUGCAGACCCCCCCC